CAAAUACUUUAUUCAAACCAACAUUCCGACAGUUCGAGUGGGCCAAUUGAAUGAUUUUUAUGAGUUUCGUACCGUACAUUACAUGUUAUGUACAAUGUACGUACACUGUACAAUGUGUACGUACGAAUUAACCAAUCUUCGCCACCAUUUUUUAGCAUCAUGCAAGUGCUCAACUUGAUCACCCGCGCUGGCGGUGGCCGUGGUAUCUGGCACGCCACGCGGGCUCCGCUGGGCAAACUGAACCCCGACGCCUGUAGGCAUAUUUCAAGCGGCGGCAAAGGAUGGCUUGCCCAGCACGGCGAGAAACUCAAGCAAGUGACCAAAGAGUAUGGCAAGGUUGCGGUCGUGUUCCAUUCGUCGGUGUUCGUCGCCACGCUUGGCUCCGCGUACACGAGUAUUCGCAUGGGUGUAGACAUUCGGCAUGUCAAAGUACCGUUCGUCAACCUCGAGGAUGUUGACCCUGAUGCCGGGUCCUUCUUUCUUGCUUACUUGGUGACAUUGGCGACAGGUACACGAGAUAUUUAUCGUGAGCGAGAAGUCAGUCUGCUUCCCACCCUAUCCUUCAUAUGUAGGUCCACUCCGCGGUGGCAUCACUGUCAUAUCGACGCCGUGGAUUGCCCGAUUGCUCCGCAAGUACUUGAAGCCAACGUGAUUCGUAACGUUGUGUUCGAAUUCGACGGUUAAGCAGUAUCCGGUAACGCGGCCCCAUUUAACCGGAUAAUGCACCAUCUACACAGAA